UCGAAGUCAUUCGUCUAUGCGAGCGUUGCAAGUCAUCGACAAGCGGCUGUCAAGUUAAAAGAUUCAAUUGUAAUACAGCAUUAUGUUUGGACAAGUAAUUCUCAAUGAUGAUCUUCCUGGAGCUAAGCAACAUCAUUGGAGCCCUUACACAGACAAUGGAGGAACUAUUGUGGCCGUAGCCGGAGAAGAUUUUGCCAUCAUAGCUUCGGAUACUCGUCUGAUUCAAGGCUACUCGAUCCUAUCCCGAGAACAAACAAAGCUCUUCAAGUUGUCAGAACAAACAGUUCUUGGAGUCUCUGGAUGCUGGUGUGAUGUACUCACAUUUACUAGAACGCUUGAGGCUCGCAUGAAGAUGUACCUCCAUGAACAUCUGAAGCCCAUGUCCACUCCAGCUGUAGCUCAGUUGGUCUCUACUAUGCUGUACCACAAGCGCUUUUUCCCCUACUAUGUUUCCAAUAUUGUUGCUGGCCUUGAUCAAGAUGGAAAGGGUACCUUGUACUCGUAUGAUCCUGUUGGACAUUGUGAAAAAAACAGGUAUCGGGCUGGUGGUGCAGCUGGUGCAAUGCUUCAGCCACUUCUUGACAAUCAAGUUGGCUUGAAGAACAUGAAAGGAGAAUUGCUUCCCAAUAUUACCAAGGAAAAAGCACUCAUGGUCAUUAAGGAUUCAUUCAUUUCCGCUGCUGAGCGUGAUACUUCCACCGGUGACGGUGUCAUCAUCAAUAUUAUCACUAAAGCGGGAAUUGAAGUGAUGCACUUCCCAUUGCGUAAAGAUUAAUUGGGGAAAUUUUGUAAGGAUUUUGCUCUUGUUGCUCUGGAGAUCCAAUACAUUCAUUAUACUUUC